AUGAAUGAAAAUCAGAACGACAUAUCUAUACAUUAAAGAUCAAAGAGUACCUCAUCUUAUGCUAAUAAGCGUGAUGGAAGGGUUAACCUCCAAAAACCCAAUUUAUAGCUAGAUACAGAAGAGAUUAGCUUGCCAAGCAUAUACAGAUAGAAUACGACUAGAAAUAGUGUGAGCAAGUCAUUCUACAUGUUUUAAUAGAAUUCCAAUGCCAUAUCUUAGAAGUAGAUGACUCCAAACAACAUUUCUAAUUUUAACUUGAUAAGGGAUUUAUCGACUAGUAACUCAUCUUCAAGGAACAACAAUAUUAAGAUAUCAAGCUUGCUUAAACAAAUAAAAUCUAAUAACCACGAGACAGAUGAUCUGCUCUAGCCUUCUCUUUAGCAACCCCUGAUAUCAGAAAUGACUACGAACGAUUGUAUGAAGAUAGAGUUCAAGACUACAACAUCUAGGUAUCAAAACAGCGAGUUCAAGAUGACUAAUAUCUAUAAAUUAAAGCGGUCUAAAAUAUAGUUCAAUAAGAAUACAGAGAAGUAAAAUAAAGAAGAUCUUGGUGGGUCAUUUACUGAAUAUCACAAUAAGCAAGUAAAUAAUAGAAAUGGAAUGUCCUUAACUCACUCAAAACAUCUUAGUUAUUCAGGUCAUAGUACUAGAAAAUUGAAGCCAUUAAAAAACAUGAAAGAGCUUAAUUGUUCUAGAAACGAUGUAUUUUAAGAAGCAAAUUAUAAUACCACUUCUGGAAAGCAUCAGAAAAGCUUUUCAAUAAAUCUCAACCUUAUGACAUAAACUUCUUUUUUCAAAGAUAAAUCUGAUAUUAUUGGAAAAGAUGAGAAGAAUGAUUAACAAAUCACAACUGAAAUUAGAUAGGAUGAAUCAUCUUUAACAGAUGAGAAUAAGACUCUAACAAUGGAAUAUAAUUAAAGUUAGAUAUAAGAUAUGAAAGUAGAAGUUAAUAUAUUUGACAGCAGUCAGAUUAAAAUUGAGGAAUCUGAUGAAUCAUUGGAAAUUUCUAUCAUGUCUUCAGAAAAUAUUAGCAAUGAUGAAAAAUAAAAGGUUGAUAUUCCAAGGUUUGAUUAAGAUAAUUAAUCUAGCAAAGAAAUUGAGUAAUUUCAGAGAGGAGCUUCUUAGCUGGUCAAGUUCUUUACUAAUAGUAAAUCACCUUCUACAAUCUCUUUACCGAAUCCAGAGAAAGAUCAUGACUCAUAAAAUUCCUAGGAUGCAAUGAUUGAAACAAUGGAGAUUACUAAAGAUGAUAUCAUCAAACAGCGUUAAGCAACUUUAAGCAAUCCAUAGAAGAAAUAUGACAACAGAAAAUAUAUUAAGUUCCACUAGAGCUCUUCCUUAAAGAUAGAAGUUGAUUUAAACAUAAAUUAAAAGGAUGUUCUCUAGAGGUUGAAAGCUAUCAGAUCAGCCAGGAAAGACCUUGAUGAGUAGUAUGAAAGAAAUAAGACUUGUAAGAAUAAAAGACCAAUAUGUAUGAAAGAGGAAUAAGGCUAUUUAUGA